AUGCAGAAGGCGGAGGCGCAGGCCGCGCGGGUGUAUCGGAGGGUGCUGGACCGCUAUCCCUCCAACGGCCGCAUCCUGCGCGCCUAUGGCCGCUUCCUGGAGUGGGUGCAGAACGAGCCCUCGAGGGCCCAGAGGUACUACCAGGAAGCCUCCAAGAACGGGGUGCAGGACAGCCUGCUCGAGCUGAUUGGUGGCGGCGCGGCGGCUGACGGCACGUCCGGCAUGGGUGCGGUCGACGAGAAGACGGACGGCAUCUGCGUCAUCAACAGCGGCGGCAUCAUCCUGGCAGGCAAGCAGGCGCCACCUGAGAGCCACGCAACAUCUGGGCCGCGACUGGGCCCCCCCGGCGCUUGCCAGGGCCAGGGGCUGCCGCUGUGA